AUGACUCUUAAAAUGGCAUGCUAUUUUGGUUGGAUAGCAAUUGAUCUGCGCGAAAUAUUCUAUGGAAUACUUAUCAGUAAUUAUGUGAAAUCUAGAAUAAUGUCCAUCAUUGUGCACUUAGGCUGGUUUUCACAUAACGUUUUUAAAUUUUUGCUUAUUAAUUAUAUGUGUGAAACAGUCACCACCAAGGCGAAUGCAACAGCAAAUUUAUUAAAUAGAUUAUCAUAUUUUGCUUAUGAUGUUGAAAUUCGUGAACUCAUUUCACAGUUUUCAUUACAAAUAGUUUACGCACCACUUAGAUUCUGCGGAAUCGGGUUCUUCCAAUUUGGCUUCAAAUUUCUUCAUAAGUUUAUCGCAUCUAUUGCGACCGUUUUAGUCAUAAUAAUACAGGCACGAGCAAAUAAGUAAACUUAUUACUAGUACUUAUU